CGGAAAAGCGCGGCCGUGGUCUGCUGGGUUUAUCGCUAAAGGUGCUGCAGCGGGGAUCUAGUUUCUGCUCUGCUAGGGGUGUCCCGUGCUUUGAGGGCAAAGAGAGGCCAACAGAAUGAACAUUUGCUGAGCCAGCAGGCCCGCAAUAACAACAGGAAGAAUAUAUACAGCCUAACCCUACUUUACCAGAUCCUGGUGGUUUGAUCUCUUCCCCUCUCCGGACAUCAUGACGUCCUCUAUGCUCCGCAGACAGCUCAAGAACCUAGUCCAGAACUACUCUGAGGCCGAGGUCAAGGUGAGGGAAGCCACGUCCAACGACCCAUGGGGGCCAUCAAGCUCUCAGAUGGCCGACAUCUCCGACCUGACCUACAACGUGGUGGCCUGCAACGAAAUCAUGACCAUGCUGUGGAAGAGGCUCAAAGACGACAAGAACUGGAGACACAUCCACAAGUCCCUGACCUUGCUGGAGUACUUGCUGAAGACCGGUGACGACCGCGUCCUCCUUAAAAUGAAAGACAACAUCUACAUUGUGAAAGCCCUCACUGAGUUCCGCUUUGUAGAAAAGGAUGGCAAAGAUCAGGGUGCAAAUGUGCGAGAAAAAGCCAAGGUGGUCCUCGUCCUCAUGGAAGAUGAUGAGAAGCUGAAGGAGGAGAGAGACUUUGCCGUCAAGACCAGAGAGAAGACUUCGAAAAGCGCUGCUGCCUCAUCCUCUGACACACCGAAGGACUCCAGCUACAAGCCAUGCUAUGUCCCAGGAGCCAUGGGGCUUCCUUCCUUGGACAACAUUCCUUCGGUGGCCGAAAUCACCGCCUCCUUCGCUGCACGCAAAGAGGAAAGGCUGAAACAGGAGGCGGAUAAAAAAGAGACGGAGAGGCGGGCCAAGAUGUCUCAAGAUGAGCUGAAGUGGGAGGAUGCUGGGAAAGCCGAAAAAGCCAAACCGGAUGUCUGGGGGGGGAUGUCUGUGGAGACGGAGAAAGAAGAGGAGAAAAAAACAGACCUGUGGGGGGCUCCUGAAGAACCCAAAGAGGCCACGGAUCCUUGGGGCAUACCGACAAAACCAACCACGACCACCACGGCAGCCAGCAAUGACCCCUGGGGCGCUCCAACUAAAGCGGAGGAGGAGGAUCCAUUUGGGGCCCCAAAAACAGACAAGGACCCUUUCAGCGCACUUAAGAACGGAGAAGAUCCCUUUGCGGCUCCGAAAGAGGAUUCUGAUCCAUUCAGCGCACGAAAAGAGGGGGAAGAUCCAUUUGCACUGAAAAAUGGCUCUGAUCCAUUUAAUGCCCCGAAGGACGACCCAUUUGCCGCACCUAAAGACAAAGAGGACCCAUUUACUGCUCCAGUAGAAAAACCCGAUCAUGUCAUUACACCUAGCAAUGAUCCCUUUAAUACACCAAAAGACGACCCAUUUAAUGCUGCGAAAGAUGACCCGUUUCAUGCCUCAAAUGAUGACCUCUUUAGUGCCCCUAAAGACGACCCGUUUAAUUCACCCAAAGAAGACCCUUUUAACACAGCGAAAGACGACCCAUUCACAGCACCCAAAGAUGGUUCUGAUCCCUUUACUGGGUCGGCAUCAACACCCCCUAAAGAGGACCCAUUCACGGCACCAAUGCCCCUGAAAGAAGACCCCUUUGCUGCUCCAAACACACCACCAAAAGAGGACCCCUUCUUUGUGCCGUCAGACCCUUCCAGUGAUGACCCUUUUGGCGUAUCAGCAGCUCCACCUAAUGAGGAUCCAUUCGCGGCGCCCACAAGCCCACCCAGAGACGAUUCGUCUGAUCCCUUCAGUGCUCCAGCGGCAAGUCCACCUACAGUCAACACAGACACAUGGGGCAUCAAGUCCUCAUCACCGCCAGCCACCGGAUUGGACCCCUGGGGAGCGCCAUCAGCUCCACAAACAGCGGCGAAAGCUGACAAUCCCUGGGAUGAUGGCAAAACCACAGUGACCUCGCCCACCAACUCCAUCAAUCCGUUUGGGGAUGCGUCCACUAUAGACAGCGACCCCUGGGGAGCUCCAGCUGCACCUCCAGCCAGUGCAGAUGAUGCCUGGGGUUCACCGGCUCCACCUACAGACUCUGCCUCUUCAGAUGACCCCUUUGGAGAUGGGAAGUCAAAAACCAACACUGCCAGCAAUGACCCUUGGGGGGCGCCAGGCAAUCCACCCAGCAAUGGCACAGGUGAGCCAACGGCGUGGGAGCGGGAGGCUUCCAGGAAGACGGCAGCCUUCCUGGGCUCGGCCGGAGCCUUGCUGGUCGACGUGGACUCGCUCCUCUCCUCCGACCCCAAACCCCAAAAAAACCCUUUCAUCAACACACCCGCCUCUCAAACACAAGCCACCGGUGCUUUAAAGGGCACGGUCAUGGCUUGCCGCCCUGCAGGCAGAACCAUGCCCAUCAUGGGGAUGUCCUUACCCACAACAUCACCCCUGCCCUCCACUCACUUUGGUUCCAUCCUCGUUUCCUCCUCUGAUGUGCGCCGUCCCAGUUUUACAGCCCCCGCUUCUGCAGAGGGGGGUCACAUAUUCCAGCCGCCAUCCCAUUCCUUAGGAAUAUGCCGUUCCAUGCCUGCAGCUGACAGCCCAGCAACUCGUCUCUGUUUAGGAACUGGAAUAUUACAGCCUGCCUCUGUCAGCGGGAUCCCUCCAGUGGGAGUUGACAUUAAUCUUAACCAUGUGGGAGCCGCAAUGCUACCGUCCGCUUCUGUUGGCGGGAAUCCUCUGAUGGCGCCCUGGGGAGCCCCCCCGUAUUUUGGGGCCGGAAUGGUGCAGCCCACUUCCAUUGGAGGGAGUCCCUGGGCCGGGGUGGCUGGCUUGGGGGUUUCCACUCCACAAACGGGAGGGGAAGUCCCACAGCACACCCAGCUGCUCCUCGGUAGGGAGCUGGAUAACGCCACUCACAAGAAUAACAACCCGUUUCUGUUCUGA